AGCCGCAUUUUCCAUGCUCCCGGUAAUUAGCAGAGGGAAGCUGACUAAUUACUGACGUCACCUCUUUCCAGUGCCGCUUACAUUUUGUUCCCAAGCAUGCUCAGGAAUUCGCUGUCACCCACAGGAUGCUCUGAGAGCUUUCUGUCACCAGGGGCUGGGCUGGCUCUGCUUUGCUUUGCUUUAUAAACGCUGCGAGCGGCAGCCGCGGCUCCCGAGCAGCCGCGAUCGCUGCGGGAUCGCCGGGGGCCGGCCCCAAAAAUGCAUUUCCGAAACUUCCACUACAGCUUCGGCUCGCUCAUCGCCUGCCUGGCCGAUGGGCAGCUCUUCACCCAGCCAGAAACGAGGGCCAAGUUUGAGUCCCUGUUCCGACCCUAUGACAGGGACCUCACCUUCCAGUAUUUUAAGAGCUUCAAAAGAGUGAGAAUAAACUUCAGCAACCCUUUGUCUGCAGCAGAUGCCAGGAUCCAGCUGGACAAGACAGAAUUCCUUGGAAAAGAACUCAGACUCUAUUUUGCUCAGACUUUGCACAUCGGGAGCUCCCACCUGGCCCCCCCAAACCCAGACAAGCAGUUCCUGAUCUCCCCUCCUGCCUCUCCUCCUGUGGACUGGAAACAAGUGGAGGAUGCCACUCCAGUCAUUAACUACGACCUCUUAUAUGCAAUUUCCAAGCUAGGACCAGGGGACAAGUACGAGCUCCACGCUGCCACGGCCACCACCCCCAGCGUGGUUGUGCACGUGUGCGAGAGCGACCAGGAGGGCGAGGCCGAGGAGGAGCCCAAAAAACCCAAACCCAAAAUCAUCCAGACCCGGCGGCCCGACUACAGCCCCGCCUCCCUGAGCUGAGCCCGGCGCAGCUGCUGCUCCCUGCGGAGGAAAUCCACCUUUCCAAGGAGUUUGCCAAGGAUUUGCAGUGGAACAGUGCCCGGCUGUGGUGGCGCAGCUGCAGGAGGAGAAUUCCAGGUUUGCCGCAGAUAAAGGAAUUCCCUGCUCAGUUUGGAGUGUUGAUCCCUGUGCUGAGUGAAUUCCCACGUGCUGGGAACAAAGGAUGGGAGAAGGGGACAUUUUGGGGACAAACUGGGGCUUGUUCUGGGGGACAGUUCCUUGUUGUGACACCCCUGAUGGGUGUCUGGAAAGCCUUGGGAUGACAGGGUUGGAGAGAUGAUGGGAAUUUUGGGAAUUUAACCCUUUUUCUUACACUAGGUUUUGUGCAUGUUUCUUCUUGGUCUUCUCAAGUAAUUUGCUUUCUUUUCUAGAGUUUCUCCCAAAUUUCUGGAAAUCUGGGAAUUGUUUCAAAGUAUUUAUUAUCUCAGCAUCCCAGAAUUCCUCCUGGAUGUGUACAUACAUGAUAUAUUUAUAUUUGGUUUUGUUGGCACUCGUUUUCCAGCAGGAUCCAAUUCCUCCAGCCCCUGCUUUUGGUGCUCUGGAAGUUGUGCUUUUAAAAUUUUAACCUUUGGAAUUCCUGCAGAGGAUUUUACCUGGCAAAGCAGUGGAAAAACGUGCAAUAGGAGAGUUGUUGGAAUACGUGGAUUUUAAAUUAUUUUAAGUUCAGGUAAUUUAUAUCUCUGAUAGGAUUUGUUUGGGAGCUUUGACUCGAGGGGGGGAAAAAAGGACUCAAAUAAUGCUGAUGGUGCAUAUUCAGAGCAGGGGGAUUUUUCCAGUGAAAAAAACAACUAUGGAGAAACUUGAAUCUGCAUUUUUGGUGAGUAAAGAUUUAUUUGGGAUUGGAAAAUUCCACCCAGGAAGCAGUGAGGAGAGCUGGAGUGCCUUUUCCUUGUCCAUUCCUACUCCAAGCUGCACACUUGGAUCUUUUUCUACUGGUUUUGGAUAUCAAAAAAUCCAAACUUUCUGAGCUUUGCUUCCAAACUCAGCUGGGAUGAAAUGCUUAAUGCCAAGGAAUGCUGAUUUAAGCAAUGGGAAUAUGUGGGAGAAGCUUUAGGGGUUUUUUUAUGGCAGUGUUUAAAGGCUCCUAAAUGCAAAUUUUAAAGAAGAAAGAUGGCAGAAAUAUUUUAAUACUGUUUUUUAAACUGGAGAUCCUCACCUUGAAACAGGGGUCAGGGUUUUUUUUUUGGAGGAGACAGGAAUUGCUAUCCCUAGAAAAUGCCACUUGGGGUCUUGGAAAAGGGAUGUUGGAGCCUCUCCUUGUGUUCUUAAGGAAUCAGACUGUGGCUCUCUCCUGGUUUGCUCUUGCCACAGUUGGCCUGAGAAGAGAUUGAAGCCAGUGUGACUGAAAUUCCUGGUUGGCACCUUGGUUUCUUAAAUAAUAUUUGUUUUAAAAAGAGUGGAGCCAUUCCAGGCCACGGUGCAGGGAAACAGGGUGUUCUGGAAGGCCUGGAAUUCCUGACUGGAACACAAAUGUGGGCCUGGAGACCAGGAAUAUUCUGAAUUUCCUGCUCUAGCUUGGAUUGUUAUUCCCUGGGAACUGGAACAAAGCCUGGCUCUGGUGUCUGAGUGGCCCUGGCUCCAUGGGAGCUGUUGAGAAGAGCUGAUUCCAUGGAUUGCUGGAGCUGGACACACAGGAAAAUCAGAUUAUUUUGGGUUACCCUCAGCUGGCUCCACGUGCUGCAUUCAACACCCAAGAGAAAGGAAUUAAUGGAGAAAAACUUUGUAGGUUUGCCACAACUGCCUUGAAGCCUUUCCAAGACUUUUCCAUGUUUCUCAAACGACUGCUGGACUUUGUGUCUCACCACAUUCAGUUCAAAACAUUGGGAAUAAUUCCUGUCCUGUCCUUCUUCCAUGAGAAAUCAAAGCAUGACUUUGGCAGUCGAAACCCAGGUGGCUGCUGCUGAAAAGCAGAGCUGCUUUUCAAUUCAAACCAUCAAUAAAUCUGAUUUUUGUCAUUUUAAUGCCUGACCCCUGCCUGAGGUGGGAACCAUGGAAAUCUUGGAAUGCUCUCAGUGUGUUCCUGCUUGGAUCUGCCACCUCCUGUCCCCAUGACUCCAGUGUGCUGCUUGCUCUUUCUGGUUAUUUUUGUAAUGUUCCAAUGGAUGCUUAGUUGGUAUUUUAUACACUUGUAUAGCACGGGGCAGAUUGAAAUUAAAAUAUUUUGUUGUCUUCUUGUAAA